AAAAUCACUCUGAUCAGGACCUUUAUUUUUUAAGGCUUCAACCGGAAGUGCCUGUUUUUCCAACUUGACAGCGCGUGCAGGAGGGAGUCCGUGGGAGCUUCGUUGGGGACCCAGUCAUGUCCGCGCUGCUGCCGCUGCUGUUCGGCCUCUUCGGGCUGCUGCUCUUGUUGCUACGCAUCAGGAAGAGGAGAGAUGGCGAGCCUCCGCUCAUCAACGGAUGGAUUCCUUUCAUCGGGAAGGCUCUGCAGUUCGGGAAAGACGCCCACAAGUUUCUGGAAGAGUAUAAGAAGAAGUAUGGAGAUGUCUUCACAGUGCACAUAGCAGGUAAAUACAUGACCUUCAUCAUGGAUCCGCUUUUGUACCCGAGCAUCAUCAGGCAGGGACGCCAGUUGGACUUCCAUGAGUUCACAGGCAAGGUGGCGCCCCUGACCUUUGGAUACAAGCCAGUGCACUCUGACCUGUGGGAAAGAAUAAGGCGCUCCUUCCAGCUCCUGCAAGGCGACAACCUCCAACCCCUGACAGAGAGCAUGAUGAGUAAUCUGAUACUGGUUUUCCGUCAGGACCACCUGGACCAUGGCCUCUGGAGGAGCAGCAACAUGUAUGACUUCUGUUCCUCCGUCAUGUUUGAGGCUACUUUCCUCACCAUAUACGGCCGGCCGGACGCCGCCCAACGCCACAGCGGCAUGGAGGCACUAAGAAAGGACUUCAACAAGUUUGACAACAUGUUCCCGCUCCUCAUCGCCCAGGUCCCCAUCUGGCUCCUGGGACAGACCAGCGCCAUCCGCAAGAAGCUGAUCCACCACUUCCUACCGCAGCGUUUGUCCCGCUUUUCCAACACGUCCGAGUUCAUCAAGAUGCGGGCUGGACUGUUUGACCAGGAGAGCUCGAUGAAGGACGCCGAUAAAGGAGCUCACCACUUUGCCAUGCUGUGGGCCUCAGUGGGGAACACACUCCCUGCCACCUUCUGGGCUAUGUACUUUCUGGUGAGCCACCCCGAGGCUCUGCAGACGGUCCGGCAGGAGAUCCUGGAUGUCCUGAGAGAUGACGGCGUGGAGUUCAGCACCGACAGAGAUGUGGAGCUCAGCAAGGAGCAGCUGGACAAACUCAUCUAUCUCGGAAGCUCCAUCAACGAGAGUCUCCGCCUUUCCUCGGCCUCCACCAACAUCCGAGUGGUUCAGGAGGACUUCAGUUUGCGGCUCGAUGCCAGCCGGGCCAUCUCUGUCCGUAAAGGGGACAUCAUCGCACUCUACCCCCAGAGCAUGCAUCUGGACCCCGAAAUCUAUGAAGAUCCUCAGAAAUUUCGGUUUGAUCGCUUUGUCCAGAACGGCACCGAGAAGACAGACUUCUACAAGGACGGGCAGAAGCUCCGGUACUACCUGAUGCCUUUCGGUUCUGGCUCCUCCAUGUGUCCGGGGAGAUACUUCGCUGUCAAUGAGAUCAAACAAUUCUUGUCCCUACUCCUGCUCUACUUUGAAAUGGAGCUGGAGGAGGGGCAGCCCAGACCUGCCCUGGACCCCAGCCGAGCUGGACUGGGGAUCCUGCUGCCCUCCACUGACGUACGCUUCCGCUACAGACUGAGAGCCAAUGAGGCGUGAUGUUGUAGGGAGAGAAGGUCCUCAGUGGUCCUAACCGUCCGAGCAUUUAAACCAGUUCAGUAGCAACGUUUCCAGUCCAGGAACCUAAUGGUAAACUGACUUUUAACCAGAGCAUCGAUCAGACCAUAGCAAAAAUAACCAAAGAUGAGAUAUUAGCACUUUCUAUUGUGCAUAUUGUUAUAAACAAUGUAAGGCUGGACAGGUUGAAGUUGAACCAGGAGAACCGUUUUGACUGCUAAACUGUCCAGGAUGAACCGUGCCUUCACAGUACAGGAGAUAGGUUCCUGCAACUCGACUGACUGUACAGGAAAUAGGCUGUAAUCAUAAUGAAUGAACGGAUCUGCAGAACGUUCCACUGACAUGUUUUUUUUUUUAUAUAAUUCAAAUAAAAGUUGAUAUACAAAUACCUAA